AUGGAGGGUUCAGGUUGUUACUCACUUUUCCCGGUCCCCUUCAGGCAGCCCUGGGCACUGGUGGGUAUCCUCGGAGGGGAUCAGUUUUCCACAGCAGAAGAUAAACGGGAGUACCACGGGAAUGGAACAACGGGAUUAGCUGUAGCCCAAAGAGAUUUUCUCACCUACGAUGGCACCCGCUUUACUGUUACUGCUUUCAGCGGAUGGAUAAAAGGAGUGCCUCAUAAUGGAUUUAAAGUGGAAGUGUCCAAAGGAAUAAUUCUUCAUUUGGUGGAUGAGGUUACAAGUUGGUUACCUGGUGACCGAAUUGUCAUUGCCAGUACAGAUUAUUCUAUGCAUCAGGCUGAAGAGUUUAAUCUCCUUCCGUGUCCCGAAUGUAAAAGUAAUCAAGUGAAGAUUGAUGGCAGCCCGCUUUAUCUUCAUGUUGGAGAAGUCAUAGAUGGUGUCGAUAUGAGGGCAGAGGUUGGUCUUCUGACCAGAAAUAUACUUAUUCAAGGAGAAAUGGAAGACUCCUGUUACGGACAAAAUGGGUGCCAGUUUUUCUCCUUUGAUACAUUCGGAGGACAUAUUAAAAUCCUAAAGAAUUUUAGCUCUGUUCACAUGUCGGGAGUGGAAUUAAAAAACAUGGGGCAGCAGAUCCUGGGCAGUUACCCUGUGCAUUUUCAUUUGGCUGAGGAUGUGGAUGAGAGAGGAGGAUACGAACGCCCAACGUACCUUGAUAACCUGGCUAUCCACCACUGCUUCUCUAGGUGUGUUGCCAUACAUGGAACUCAUGGCCUUCUGGUAAAAGACACCAUUGGCUAUGACACCCUGGGGCACUGCUUUUUCCUGGAAGACGGGACAGAGCAACGCAAUACGUUUCAUCACAACUUAGGUCUCCUCACGAGAUCGGGGACGAUCUUGCCUUCGGAUCGCAGCGAGGCGAUGUGCCUCGCCAUCCGCAGCCACGUCCACGGCAGUUACGUUCCCGUGCCCAGCACCGACUGCACGGCUGUCAGCACGUUCUGGAUUGCAAAUCCAAACAACAACUUAAUAGAGAAUGCAGCAGCUGGUUCUCAGGAUGUCGGGAUAUGGUACAUCUUCCACCGUGUUCCCACUGGACAGUCCGAGGGACAAUAUCCAGAGGGACAGGCUGAACAUACCCCCUUGGGAGUAUUUUACAACAACCGAGUCCACUCCAAUUUCAAGGCUGGUUUGUUUAUUGGAAAAGGAGUAAAGACAACGAGAGCCAGCGCAGAAGAUCCCAGAGAGUAUCUCACUGUCGAUAAUGCCAGGUUUCGCCCACAUCAAGAUGCUGAUCCUGAAAAGCCACGAGUUCCUGCUGUGAUUGAUGGUCUUAUUGCUUUUAAAAAUAACGACCAUGGGGCCUGGGCCAGGGGCGGCGACAUUAUUUUCCGCAACUCAGGGUUUUCAGACAAUGGAAUUGGACUCACUCUGGCAAGCGAUGGGACUUUCCCAACAGAUGAAGGCUCCAGCCUGGAGGUUACAUGCUCCAUUUUUGUUGGAGAAAGCAGCAACUUUGGCUCCCAGGGAGGCCAAAACAGCUACUGGGGAAAAGGGGCAAAUGGAGAAUACAGAACACUGCCCAGAAACAAGACAUUCCCUAUUCGUGGAUUUCAGAUUUAUGAUGGGCCUGUCAGGAUGACAAAAUGCACUUUCAAGAAGUUCACCCCGACUCUUGACAGAUACUCAAGUGCCAUCGGGUUCUUCAUGAAAAACUCCUGGCAGAUAAGCCCCCAGAAUAAUGUGUCGCAGGUCCUGAUGGAGGAAAGUGUUGGCCUGAAAGUGUUUUUUGGCAGACCAGGCCAGUGGUUUGGAAACAACGAUAACGACGGUGACAAAACAUCGAUCUUCCACGAUCUGGACGGCUCGGUGACAGGGUACCCAGACACAUUCAUAGGCAGAGUGGACAACUACUUGCUCCGUCACCCUGGGUGUGUCACCGUCCCAAGCUGGAACGGGGCAGUGUGUACCGGGAAAUUCGCCCAGCUUUAUAUUCAGGCCAGACACCCCGAGAAUCUGACCUUAUCCAUUGCCAGAGCAGCAUACCAUUCCCAUCCCCUGCGGCUGCAAGGUGUGAACAGAGGAGCACUGUACCAGCAGUACCAGCCCGUUGUCAUGCUUGAGCAGGCUUAUAUCAUCCAGUGGGACAGCAGAGCACCUGAGGAUAUUAUCCUGUACCCUAUCAACUUCAACAGAGGAGACUGGCUGCGUCUUGCCCUCUGCUAUCCCAGGAAAGCCGUUUUCCAGGUGGUGACGGAUAUCUACCAGCGACGGACUGGGACGGUGCACAGUGUCAAGCACUACCUCGCCGCUCCUUCCCGGGCCAGCCCCCUCAACGGGACUGGCGAGCGGCUCUUCUACUUCGACAGACCAUCGGGGUACCUCUUUGUUCACCUGCAAGCCCGUGAAGCUCGGGAAGGACACAGUUACUGCUCUCGGCAAGGCUGCGAACGCCUUAAAAUCACGGCUCCUAUGUACCCAGGGGACUCCUGGAGCUGUGACCCAAACCCUUUCCUGGAGAGGCCGGCAGCUGCCCAGAGACCCAUGUCCCAGCGCCCGCCUGGACCGGGCCGGCAGCUGCCCAGAGCCCCAUGUCCCAGCGCCCGCCUGGACCGUCUUGCUAUCACUAGCACACCCUCAGUCAGGUAUAUAAGGAUCCAGAUCCAGUCUCUCGGCAAGGCGGACGUAAAAAACCACUUGACGUCUGCGUUCAUUAAGAUAAAUGACACAGUUUUCCUCUUUGGUAGCCGUGGGAUUUUCUUUGUGGUACUAGAUGCAUGCUCAGGAGCAAUCGUGAGUAGGAGACACUUCGACGCAGUUACUGGUGAAAACGCUGCCAGUGCAAUAACAGAUUAUGUUGAAACGUUUAUAAAAGAGAGAUCACUUGUUCUCGUGUGCUCUAGAGAUAUUGCAGACGUGGAGGGGAGCUCUGAAAUGUCUGUUUUUACCAGGUUAGGUUCAGCAAAGCCUAUUGUCUUCCACAAGGAAGGGAGUUUUGCCAUGCUUGGCUAUAAAGGACAAGCCAAACCCUCCUGGAUUAAAGUCCUCAGUCAUGCUGGUUAUCAGAAAGCUGCUUCUCUACAGCAUUAUGUUCCCUUGAAGCUGAAAGAGUAUCAAUGUCCAGCUAAUGCCAACAAGUCGCUAAAAUCUGCUUUUUCUCAGGAUCACUCGGAGCGCAUCUCUGCAGAGGCUGCGGCACCCUGGGGUUAA